CACCCCCCGAGCUCAGCUUAGCUCCACUCCAGCUCCAAUCACAGUCGUGACCAGAGCGCGAGAGCUAGCUAGAGGGCCGUGAAAAUGCCGAUCAAUAGGAUCGCCCUGGGGAGCCACCAGGAGGUGUACCACCCGGGCGCCCUCAAGGCGGCGUUCGCUGAGUUCAUCUCCACCCUCAUCUUCGUCUUCGCCGGCCAGGGCUCCGGCAUGGCCUUCAGCAAGCUGACCGGCGGCGGCCCGACGACCCCGGCGGGCCUGAUCGCGGCGGCGGUGGCGCACGCGUUCGCGCUGUUCGUGGCGGUGUCGGUGGGCGCGAACAUCUCCGGCGGGCACGUGAACCCGGCCGUGACCUUCGGCGCCUUCGUGGGCGGCAACAUCACCCUGUUCCGAGGGCUCCUGUACUGGGUGGCGCAGCUGCUGGGGUCCACCGUGGCGUGCUUCCUGCUCCGCUUCUCGACGGGCGGGCAGGCCACGGGCACCUUCGGGCUGACGGGCGUGUCGGUGUGGGAGGCGCUGGUGCUGGAGAUCGUGAUGACCUUCGGGCUGGUGUACACGGUGUACGCGACGGCGGUGGACCCGAAGAAGGGCAGCCUGGGCACCAUCGCCCCCAUUGCCAUCGGCUUCAUCGUGGGGGCCAACAUCCUGGUGGGCGGCGCCUUCGACGGCGCGUCCAUGAACCCCGCCGUGUCCUUCGGCCCCGCCCUCGUCAGCUGGGAGUGGGGCUACCAGUGGGUGUACUGGGUCGGCCCCCUCAUCGGCGGCGGCCUCGCCGGCGUCAUCUACGAGCUGCUCUUCAUCUCCCACACCCACGAGCAGCUCCCCUCCACCGACUACUAAAAGCCGAAGCCGACCGACCCAGGGGUGCGCAGCGCAGCGCAGCUAGCAUCCAGCGCUCUCUCCCCGCUCGCCGCCGUUUAGUUUCUCUCGUGCACGUGCAUGCAUCGUAGACUGUCUCAGGCCGCCGCUGCGCCGGCGCCGCUCGCAUCGUUUGCUUCCUUGGACCAGCAGUCGUCGCCGUCAGGCUGAACUGCUUGUAACCGUGAAUUCCGGACCCGUUUGCUUCUGUAAGAUUUGUGCAUUUGCCUGAGUACACCUCGAUCUGCAGCA